AUGGAUCACCUUCGGGCCCACCUCUGGCCCAGUGUCGGCUCUCUCUGUUUCUUGCUCGCUGGGGCCGCCUGGGCUUCCCCACCCAAAUCCCUGGACCCCAAGUUUGAAAGUAAAGCGGCCCUGCUGGCUGCCCGCGAGCCCGAAGAGCUUCUGUGCUUCACCGAACGGUUGGAGGACUUGGUGUGUUUCUGGGAGGAAGCGGCAAGCGCCGGGGUCGGCCCCGACAACUACAGUUUCUUCUACCAGCUCGAGGGUGAGCCAUGGAAGCCAUGCAGCCUGCACCAGGCGCCCACGGCUCGCGGCGCGGUGCGUUUUUGGUGCUCGCUGCCUACGGCCGACACGUCGAGCUUCGUGCCCUUAGAGCUGCGAGUCACAGCGGUAUCCUCGGGCGCUCCACGCUAUCGCCGUAUCAUCCACAUCAACGAAGUGGUGCUCCUGGAUCCCCCCACGGGGCUGCUGGCGCGGCGGGCCGACGAGGGCGGCCACGUGGUACUGCGUUGGCUCCCGCCUCCUGGGGCCCCGGUGGCCAGCCUCAUCCGCUACGAAGUGAACAUCUCCUCCGGCAACAUCGCAGCCGGCGCACAGAAGGUGGAGAUUCUGGAUGGUCGCACUGAGUGUGUGCUGAGCAACCUUCGGGGUGGAACGCGUUACACCUUCAUGGUACGCGCGCGGAUGGCCGAGCCGAGCUUCGGUGGCUUCUGGAGCGCCUGGUCCGAGCCUGCGUCGCUGCUGACAGUUAGUGACUUGGACCCCCUCAUCCUGACGCUCUCCCUCAUCCUCGUGCUCAUCCUGCUGCUGCUGGCCGUGCUCGCCCUGCUCUCCCACCGCAGAGCUUUGAAACAGAAGAUCUGGCCUGGCAUUCCAAGCCCUGAGAGUGAGUUUGAGGGCCUCUUCACCACCCACAAGGGUAACUUCCAGCUGUGGUUGUACCAGAAUGAGGGCUGCCUUUGGUGGAGCCCCUGCACUCCCUUUGCAGAGGACCCACCCGCUCCCCUGGAAGUCCUCUCUGAACGCUGCUGGGGGGCAACACAGGCUGUGGAGCCAGGGACAGAGGAUGAGGGACCCCUGCUGGAGCCAGUGGGCAGUGAACAUACCCAGGACACCUACCUGGUGCUGGACAAGUGGUUGCUGCCCCGGAACCCCCACAUUAAAGAUCUGCCACGGCCUGAUGGUGGUUUGGACAUGGUAGCCAUGGAUAAAGGCUCAGAAGCAUCCUCCUACUCAUCUGCUUUGUCCCUGAAGCCUGGGCCAGAGGGGGCCUUGGGUACCAGCUUUGAGUAUACCAUCCUGGAUCCCAGCUCCCAGCUCUUGCGCCCAAGGGCACUGCCCCCUGAGCUGCCCCCGACCCCACCCCACAUAAAGUACCUGUACCUCAUGGUGUCCGACUCUGGCAUCUCAACUGACUACAGCUCAGGGGGCUCCCAGGGAGCCCAGGGUGACUCAUCGAAUGGCCCCUUCUCAAAUCCUUAUGAGAACAGCCUCUCCCCAGCCCUGGAGCCUUCACCUCCCAGCUACGUGGCCUGCUCCUAGGACUCCAGCCCUCAGAUGCUUGGAGACCCAGCAUGACCUCAAGUGCUAGUCCAGGCCUAAGACUUAUUGAGCAGGGUUGGUGAGGCCGCCCUUGGGUUUCUGCCCAGUCCAU